CUUAAGUGCUAACAAAGAAACCUUUCACCAAAGCAACCAGUUAUCUCUUCACAUUUAGCUUGAAUUUAUUUUUAACCUUUCAACAACAGCAGUAAUAGUGUUGUAGAGAGGGUGCACUUGAUUUUAACUUUGCUUUCAAUAUGACGGCUGUCAAUGUUGCCCUGGUUCGUGAUACCAAGUGGCUGACUUUGGAAGUCUGUAGAGAAUUUCAGAGAGGAACCUGCUCUCGAGCUGAUUCAGAUUGCAAGUUUGCCCAUCCGCCAAGAGUUUGCCAUGUGGAAAAUGGUCGUGUGAUGGCUUGUUUUGAUUCUUUAAAGGGUCGGUGUGCUAGAGAGAACUGCAAAUACCUUCACCCUCCUCCGCAUUUAAAAACGCAGCUGGAAAUUAAUGGACGGAACAAUCUGAUUCAACAAAAGACUGCUGCAGCCAUGUUUGCCCAGCAGAUGCAGUUUAUGCUCCAAAAUGGUCAAAUGCCAUCACUUACUUCUUUUCCUGUGACUCCAUCCCUGGCAGCUAAUCCUGCCAUGGCUUUCAAUCCCUACUUACCUCAUCCUGGGAUGGGCCUGGUCCCUGCCGAACUUUUACCAAAUGCACCUGUGCUGAUUUCUGGAAACCCGCCUCUCCCACUGCCAGGAGCUCCUGGUCCAAAACCGAUGCGUUCAGAUAAACUGGAGGUUUGCCGUGAAUUUCAGCGUGGAAAUUGUACCCGUGGUGAGAACGAUUGCCGCUAUGCUCACCCUACUGAUGUUUCCAUGAUUGAGGCAAGUGAUAAUACCGUGACCAUCUGCAUGGAUUAUAUCAAAGGUCGAUGCUCCCGGGAGAAAUGCAAGUACUUUCAUCCUCCUGCGCACUUGCAAGCCAGACUCAAGGCAGCUCAUCACCAGAUGAACCAUUCAGCUGCCACUGCCAUGGCCCUGCAGCCCGGUGCACUUCAACUGAUACCAAAGAGAUCAGCACUUGAAAAGACCAAUGGUGCCACCCCGGUCUUUAAUCCCAGUGUUUUCCACUGCCAGCAGGCUCUGGCUAACCUGCAACUCCCGCAGCCGGCAUUUAUCCCUGCAGGGCCAAUACUGUGCAUGGUACCUGCUCCAAGUAUUGUGCCCAUGAUGCACGGUGCUACACCUACCACUGUGUCUGCAGCAACACCACCUGCCACCAGCGUUCCCUUCGCUGCAACAGCUACAAUCAAUCAGAUACCCCCAUUAUCAAUAGAUGAACUGAAUAGCAGCAUGUUUGUUUCACAGAUGUAGAAGUUACCAGUAGAACAUUGAAAUUCUGAACAACAGAGUUAUGGAGUAUCAGAAUCUCUCCGUGAGAACCUCCAUAUGGCCUUUCUAUGUAUAUUCACGUAUGUCCUCUUCUACCAACACAACAAUAAGCAUGGUGCAGUCAAUAUAUUAAACAAAACAAACAUACCAACCAACAAAUUCGAAUAGAAAACAAAGCAUCAAACAAUCAAUGGAGAUGUUAAAACACCAACAGAAAACUAACAACUACCAUCUGUCUAUCUUAUUUGAAUUAUUAGGUAGAACAGCAUAACAUUUUGUAAUUUAUCACACUAUUCUUUGUGAUUUUCCAAUAACCAUUAUGCUGAGUGAAUCUCUACAGUGGACUGCUGGCUUAUUGUGCAUUCUUGGUGGAUAAAUGUUCGGUCUGUUUGGAAGUGUUACCUUACCAUUUUGUUUACACAGUAGUCUGUUGGUUUGAUU